AUGGUGUAUCUGGUGUACGAAGUCAAGCAGUCGAGUGGGUUUUUGGAGAAGAUCAGCUCUGUGGUGUGUAAGGUGGUGGAACCUCUGCAUCCACAUGUUGAAGAACAUCAGCCCAAGAACAUCAAACGCCUGUCACACACCUUCUCCAGAGAGAAACAACAUCUGUUUGACCUUUCAGACAAAGAUUACUUCUUUGACAGCAAAACCAGAAGUUCAAUCGUUUUUGAAAUACUGAAGAGAACCAAGUGUAAAACUAAGUACAGCAUGGGUAUCACCAGUCUUCUGGGCAGUGGUGUCUAUACAGCAGCCUAUCCUCUGCACGAUGGGGACAUUAAUGAGGAGAGUGCAGAACCCAACGACAGAAAA